AUGGUUGUCUCCUACCAGUACCCAAUGAGCAGGUGGCCAAAGACAAGUACUACCAUUGUACAAGAUAAAGAUCUUACCCCACCACCUUCCACGGUCACAUCUCAGGGUGAUACUACUAAAGAAGGGGUAGGUAAAGGGGAGGGUGAAGCGGAUACUGUCGUAGAUAGCACCGAAGAUAGUAAAGCUGGUGAGAUGCAGGUAUCAGACCAAGACAAAUCACCUAGUGAUUCUGUCCAGGUUGAGCAUAGUUCUGACCAAGGAACAAGGGAAGCUGUCACUGAAGAACAGCCAGAAGCAGGUGGAAGUCAAGAUGUUGGCCUUGAAGAUCAGGUUUCAAAGGAUCAAAGUGCCAGGUCCUCCAAUCAGAGCAUAGCAGUAGAACCUGAGACCAAGGAACAAGCAGAUGUCAGCGACGCUGCUCAAGAGGAAGAAGAUAUUGUGAAGACAAAAAGUGCCAGAUCUUCAAAGCAGAGUAUAGCAGCCGAAACUGAUGCUAAAGAACCUACUGAAGAUGGAGAAAAUGCUGCAACAGAAGAAAAUACUGUGAUAGAUACUGAAGAUAAGGCUGCAAAGACAAAAAGUGCCAGAUCUUCAAAGCAGAGUAUAGCAGCCGAAACUGAUGCUAAAGAACCUACUGAAGAUGGAGAAAAUGCUGCAACAGAAGAAAACACGGUGACAGAUGGGACGGCUGUUGAAGAUCAGGCUUCAAAACAGAGUGAAGCAGUCGAAUCUUUUGCUGCAGGAGCAGCUGAGAUUGGCAAAACAGAAGAAAGUACUGCCACAGUUGGUGAGACUGAAAGUAAGGAAGUAGAAGAGGAUGUUGAGAAGGUUGUAGACUAUGUUGCUGAAGUUGAUACAACAGAAGGGGUAGAUGAUGCACAGGAAGUGAAUGAAAAUGAACAGAUGACAGAAAAAGAGGAACAAAGUAACACUAAAGAUGCUGCUCAAGAGAAGGAGGACAGUGAUGUUCUGGAUCAAGAAAAUGAAGUUACUGAUAGUAACCAAGGAUCCGAUGAAAGUCAGGUCCCUCAGGUUCUUUCAGAUGACAAAAAAGAAGAGGAAAGUGGGCCUGUUGAAGAUCAGGUGCAAGAAGUUCCUGCAGAAGCAAAUCUCGAGGAGUCCAAGGAGAGCCCAAAAGAGGAUGAAGAACAUAACUUACAGAUUGAAAGUUCAGUGGAUACUGAAAAUGCUGAACCUUUGGAAAAUAGCAUUGCUAACAAGGAGAAAGGUCAUUCACAAGAGGCUCUUGUUGAAGACAGAAAAGAAGGAACAGUAGGAGCUGAAGAAGUACUAGGACAACCUGAAGCCACAAAUCCAGAGCAAAGCCAGGAUGUAGCUGAGGAGGUCCAAGAACCAAGUGAGAUUGACAAGGGAGCAAAUGAUGAAGAGGCAAUGGCUGGUGCCCAACCUCAAGAAGAACCCAGAGACAAGGUUGCAAAGGACAUUGGUGAUGAAAGUGAGGGUAGGGACAGUGGAUUAGGGUUUGAAGUAAAUACACCAGAUCCAAAUGUGCAAGCAAAUGAAGAUCCCUCAGUCGGGCAUGAACAGGAUCUGGAAAUGUCAGACAUCAAGGAGCCAGUCACAUCCUCACAAGCCAACCUUGGCUCAAAUGCAGAAGGGAAACAGGAAACUUUCCUGCCAAUGGGACAAAGUCAAGAUGAGAGAAUAGAAGGUCAAAAUCCAACUGAUGCUGCAGGACAAGUCCAGGAGACGCCAGAAGCAUCUGAGGCAGCUGACCCUGCUGUAGAAGAGACAUCAGGUCAGAUCACAGAAGACCCUGUAAAGGAAUACUCAAAGGAUGGUGAUGUGGCACAGGAUGGAGACCAGAGCAAAGAGGAAGAUGGUGCAACAGCAGCGGAAGAAGGUAGCCAGAGCAAAGAGGAAGAUGGUGCAACGGAAGCCAAAGAAGGUAGCCAGAGCAAAGAGGAAGAUGGUGCAUUGGAAGCAGAAGAAGGUAGCCAGAGCAAAGAGGAAGAUGGUGCAACGGAAGCAGAAGAAGGAAGCCAGAGCAAAGAGGAAGAAGGUGCAAUGGAAGUGGAAGGAGGUGGCGGAGGGGAUGAGGAAGGGGGAGGAGUGGAAGGUGGGCAGGAUUCGGCAUAGCCGUCAAGAAAAAAACAGAUAAACUACUUUCUCAGGUGGGGCAUUUUGUUAGUUGGGCCUUCAUUUUGCCCAGAAUCAAAGCAUGUUUUUCACAUUUUCUCCUGGUCAUUCCACUUUGAAGACAAUUUUGGUCUUCCUUUUCUCAUUCAAAAUCACAUUUAUAGAAUGGAGGAUGUCAUUU